UUCCAGAAGUUUGAUUAGUUCUAACCAAAAUCACACGUUAAACAAACGCUUCAGCCAGUGAUGGUUUUGCCGCUUAUUGAAGAUGUCCACUUUCAUUUUGGCACUAUUAAGUGCUUUGGUUUUAAAUUCAACAGUGUACUGCACCGGCAGUUCAUGGUUUACAAAUUAUGGCAACGAAGAAAUUGAUGGGCUUAAAGAAACAAUGUUUUCACGGUACAAAAGGCAAGCAGUAAUGCAAAACGAUCCAACGAAAGAUGAAAAUGAAUUAUUGCCCGAGUUUCCGCACAUUGUUUCCAUUGUACCCGAAAAAGGACGAAUGUUGUGUCUAGGCGUAUUAAUUUCAGAGAGUUUAGUACUUGCUCCUGGAAAUUGUCUAGCAUUCAACGAGCUUUUUUAUGUAAAGAUCAAUGGAAAACGAUUGAAAAUCUCGAAGAAAAUUCUGCAUCCCAUGUACAGUACUCGGAGCACGUUGUAUGACAUUGGAAUGUUAAAGAUCGAAAUAAAUGAUGACACAAGAAGUAACAUUCAACCUGCGUGUCUAUGGGAGGAUGAUACAUUAAGCAUCCCAAAUAUAAAAAUGGCUGGAACACGUGCUUCACUACUAUUAAAUAAGACAACAAGUAUAAGAGUAUUGAGUGCUGAAAACUGUAAACUAUACUAUGAUUAUGCUUUCUCCUCUCAAGGGUCCUCUCUUGUCGAUCAUCAGAUGUGUGUCUUCUACGACUUUGAAGAACACUGGAAGUGGAGGAGUAAGAUAAUCUAUGCAGAUGUAAUUGAAAAUGAUUUCAUUGUUUCAUUUGUGAUUGGAAUUCCAUCGUUUUUUGUAAGCGGUGAUUCACAAAAAUUUGAUGUUUUUAUCCAACUGUCUAAGUUCCAUGAAUGGAUUGCGGAAACAAUGCAUAAAGAAGGAGUAUCAUUUCAGUCGUGGCAAUGCUUCCGACGGCAUUCAAAUGAGCGUCGUAGAAUUGAAAGCGCUCCCAAAUUCAUGUCAAACAACACUCGUGAGUUCAUGGUCAUCAUUUAUGAAAGUUCGGAUGUAUCCAAGGAAUGUGAAGGAGCAUUGAUAUCAACAGAUGUCGUAAUCACAUUGGCACAGUGUGCGAGCAAUUUAAUUGUACAUUCUUCUAGUGUCUUGUUCUACUCAAGGAGGCGAGUUUCUAUUCGAGAUAUCAUUAUACAUCCUAACUACAUGGAAAAUUCCCUCUACAAUAAUAUCGCCAUAUUAAAGCUUGAGUCCAAAGUACCGUUUGUUCAUGCUCAAUUGGAACCGUAUUAUUUCAAGGAUCAUAAAAUAUUAAUGGACUGUUCGGAAGACAAUAAUUUCGGAUACAUUCGCUACUCCUCCGUUGAUGAUCUUUCCUUACUGUUCAGUUACGAAUGUGAACCUUCUGAGGAGCAACGUUCUCGACUUUCAAAAGGGUUGCUGCUGGAACAUAUGUGUAUACGUAAGCUAAAACCUAUUGCUACGCAUAACUGCGCGUCAAAGCUAGGUUCGCCUAUAUAUUGGGUUCGAAAUGAUACAAAUUACUUAAUGGGGUUGUACAUGCUUGGAGAAAACUGUGCCAUUGCAGAACAAGCCGUCGUACUCUAUGUGUAUGCUCACAUCAAUUGGAUCAAUUCGGUUAUAAAUUCCACUUCCAGUGCGUCGCUUGCAGUCUUCAUUCCUUCCUUGAAACUGACAGAUGAAUGUUCUUAUCCCGAUAGUACAACAGGUACUUGUGUAAGCCAAACGAGCUGCACCAGUAUAUACAAACGAAUUGAGAGCUAUUUGCCAAUAAUUUAUUGCAACAGUAGAGCAAUCGUUUGCUGCCCAUUGGAGGACGAAGACAUAUUAUUUGCUGCUUUUCGUAAUUAACGUGUGCAACAAUAUUGAUCGCAAAUAUGUGGAUUGAUUUUUAUUACACUGAUAGAACGACCCAGAAGUAAUCGUUGAAUGGAAGAAUGGAAUUGAAUGGCUAUUCUAACGGAAAAAAUUCAACAUUAUCGCUUAUACAGCGCCUACCACAACUAUAUGGACAGUCGUUUUUCGCGAUUUGCAGAAAAUCCAUAAGAGAUAUAUAAAAACAGUGAAUGUAUGAGUUGUGCAGAAUACUAUUUCA